AUGGGAAUCACAUUGAAAUCUCGCCUCUGUGUUCUCAUUGUCAUCAUUUUAAUUAUAUCAGUAAUAAGUAUAGUAGUGUCCGCAUGGUUAGCGAAAACAAUAACAAAUACACCAACAAAAUUUGGUACAAUCAUUGGCAAUAUUGUAUUUGGAAAUAAAACAGAUGUUGAACAACCUAUUAUCUUUUGGCAACCGAUUUCAUUAUCAAAUGCGGAGACGAGUGUCGAAAGAACCUUUCAAAUAUCGAAUGAUGUGUCGAAUUCGACAAAUAACUUUCAUAAUGUUACAACUCGUUCAACUCAAAGAAAUGUUGUGUCAGAAAAGAUUCGGACAAUAUUCGAAACCGUGAUCAUUCCAAUUUUGUUUGUUUUAUCAAUCGCAUUUGGUAUUUUAGCGUUUUAUCUACGUUUAAGAUGUACAGGUAAAUUUGUUUUUUCAAAAUUUCCUGUAGUUUACAAUGGACUUUUAGUUUAUUUUGUAGCCAUAUCAUUCGCCUGGGGUGCCGUUCCUAAAAUGCCUCUUUUAAAGAUCGCUGAACCUGACAAACAAGGAGAAAAUCAAAUUGAUUUUAGAAUUAUUCAAGGUACGCAAGAUAAACCGGUUGUGUUUUCAUUAGCUGAAACAUUGAGACCAUUGAAAGGAGAAGAAGGAAUUGAGGAAUCAACGCAGUAUGAAACAAAAGACACUCCCAGAAUUAUAACAUCAAUAUCAUCAGCACCACAAUUGCCAACAAUCGAAAAUAACGGUUCAGCAAACGAAUUCGAUGAAUUAUUGCAAAAAAUGAGUCCAAAACAUCAUUUCAAGUCCACUAUACACGCUGACAACACUAAUAAUGUUUAA